CUGCCACUAAAACAUUCUCUUGUUUGCUGUACUCCAUGAUACUAGUAUAAAAAUGCUCCAGUCUAUUACUAUAUUAAUACAACUCAUAUAUAAAACUAAAUUGCCUCCAAGUUCUUGAUUGGUGCAUUUCCUAAUAGACUGAUAGACUUGACCCUUUUUCUUUCACUCUAAAAUUAAUCGGAUUCAAGUUCCAGACAGCAAUGUCAUCCUCUUUGAUUGUAUUUUUGAUCCUAUCUAUGCUACUAAACACAGGUGCUAGUGUCAACUUCACUGAUGUAUUCCAGUCCAGUUGGGCAGCUGACCAUAUUGCUGUUGUAGGUGACCAAGUUAGUCUCAGCCUUGACAAUACUUCUGGCUGCGGUUUUAAGUCGAAGAUCAAAUAUUUGUUUGGGAAAGCUAGCGCGCAGAUCAAACUAGUUGAGGGAGAUUCAGCUGGAACAGUCAUUGCCUUUUAUAUGUCAUCAGAAGGAGCUAAUCACGACGAACUGGACUUUGAAUUUCUUGGGAAUGUUUCAGGAGAACCAUACCUAGUACAAACAAAUAUUUACGUGAAUGGUACGGGAGAUCGAGAGCAGAGGCAUAAUCUUUGGUUCGAUCCAACUACAGACUUCCACACUUACUCUUUCUUCUGGAAUCAUCAUACUAUCAUCUUUUCAGUUGAUGAGAUUCCAAUUAGAGUGUUUCAAAACAAGGAGAAAAAAGGCGUGCCAUACCCGAAAAAUCAAGGCAUGGGAAUCUAUGGGUCGUUGUGGAAUGCAGAUGAUUGGGCUACACAAGGUGGAAGAGUGAAGACAAACUGGAGCCACUCUCCAUUUGUUACAGCAUUUCGAUCGUUCGAGAUCGAUGCUUGUGAUUUGUCUGGAGAGGACAUAGCUGCUGCAGGUGCAAAAUGUGGUAAGUUGGCACAAUUUUUGUGGGAUAAGCCAGCCAUGAAGGGGCUGGAAAAGAGCAAAAAGCGCCAAUUUAAAAUGGUACAAUCAAAGUACUUGGUGUAUGAUUACUGUAAGGACACUGCAAGAUUCACUCAAAUGCCUAAAGAGUGCUUGCACUAGAGACACCAACCACUAUUCUAGCAAUGUCAAUGUCUCAAUUCGUUCCUGUCUCACGCAAUUUAAGUUUUUGAAAUUCAUUUGGUCCAAUUUGCUUGAUCUUAUUUUCUUUUUAGCUUGUUAUGUGGUCUAACGAUUCAGACAAUUAGGUGGUCAAAUAAUCAUGUUCAAAAGACAGUGUUUGAAUCC